UUUUUUUAGCUUCCCAAAUAUUUCUAGGUUACUCGCUUCCUUUUCCCCCAAAUAUUUCGAGUCUGCUCUCCAAAAUUUUCAUUCACGUUUCACCCAAUUUUGGAUUCCCGCUUUGUCUGCUUCUCCUAGAUCUUCCGUCCUUCGCUUGCAGCCUUAGCUUCUCUUCUGAUCAUCGCGUUCCCUCUCUCGACUCAAGGAAUGAAGUAAACCGGCGACAACUUCCGUUUCCGAGCAUCGCGUCGACUGCUUCCGGUUUGUCGACUGCUUCCAAUCUCUCCUUCAAUCGACGGCGACAACUUUUGGUUCGUCGACAGCUUCUGCAAAGGUAGGGAAGAAGGGUAUUUGAUUCGGGUAAUUUCUUGACCAAAAUCUUUAAUUUUUUGUGUAUGAAACCAUCUGCCUACCAAGUGUUCGAUUAAUUGCCUGAGUGAAGGGUAUUUGGAUUCAGUAAUUUCUUGACUAAAAUUUUGGUCCCUUGAUCAUCUGUGAAGUUAUCAAGAACGAUGGAUUGAAGAUGUAAGUGGUUUUGUUCUGGAAAUGCUGUUUUCGGUGCAAAUCCUUCAAUUCCAUGGGAUAUCCUAGCCAGGGCAUUCCAAGUUGAUAAGAGUGUAGUGGAUCAACUACAAACCCAGUUCUAAAGUUACAACGAGUUCAUUGACAAAAAAGGUUUACAAUUGGUGUUCGUGUAAUUAUUUGAUUUCAUUCAUCGGCUUCUUUAAUUUAAAGCUUACAUUCAAAAUUAUUUGUGUGCAAUUAUCUUUUCAAGUUGGUAUUUACUAUUCAUUGUGUACUUUAUAUGUUCGGUUGGUUUGAUAUGAUAGCGCUUAUAAUUUUAAAUGAUUUAAUCAGUGACAACAAAAUAUUACCUGUAGAUGCGGAACUUUACACUCUUAAAUCUCACAGAAUGCAAGAAGGGUUUUACAAGGUUUUAGGCCACCGACACUAUUAGAAAAAUGGCAACAUUCCGACUACUAAUUCCGUUGGUGGUAAUAGUAUGGAAAAGCUAUUACCACAGAAUUCCGCAAAACAAAUCUAACAAAAUAAGGUGUAGACAAAUAAUUAUGAAGGAUGAUCAAAUGUGAUGGUACAGAACAAAUGCAAACAGGAAGGUGGUCAAUGGUGGUGUUUGGUGGUUGGAGCAAAAAUGAAUGGAGUAGAUAGUGGUAUUUGGCUGUUGGUGUAUGUAGCAAACAUACAGAUUGGAUUACAGGUUAGUUCUUCGUCCCUUAAUUUUUAGUUUUAUGUGUGUAUGUAUAUUUGGUUGUUUGUGUAUGUAGCAAACAUACAGAUUGGAUUACAGCUCUAUUGAUCUCUCAAGCACCACAACAGAUUUAUGCAGUGAGUUCUGUAAAAGGCCCCAAAUUAAUGAUGUUUAUUCUAAUAUUUAUUUUAGGAAAAUGAUGUUUUUGUAAUGUGUUAGGCACUUAGUAAUGUAUUUUACAUUUUGUAGUUUAAUGUAAUGAAUUUUUGUUUCAUUUUGACCAAAUUAAUUGUUAUUUUAUUUAAAAAAAUAUUAUUUUUUUAAAAAAAAAAUAAAAUGUAAUUAGCUACGGAUUACCUACUGAAAAUUCAUAGCUAUUUACUUCCGUAGCUAUUCCGUAGCUAUUUAGUUCCGUAGCUAUUCAAUUCCGUAGCUGUUCUGUAGGAAAAUCAUUUCGUAGGUAUUCCGUAGGAAAAUAUUUCGUAUGUACUUUGUAGGAGUUUCGUAGCUAAAUAACUCGUAGGUAAUCUGUAGGUAUUCCGUAGUUAACGUGUUCCGUAGGUAUUCCGUAGUUAAAUUUGCAAUAUAAUAUUUCGUAGGAAAUGCGUAGGAACGUUUGUAGCUAAUCUGUAGGAAAAAAUUACCCAUGAGGUUUUUCUUACAACCCGUUUUUUGUAGGAAAUCUGUAGGUAAAGUCUUGUUCCUACGGAUUUGCUACUAAUUCUGCUGUACCUACGGAUUUGCUACUAAUUCUGCUGUAGGUGACUAAUUAGUUUUCUAGUAGUGAUAAUUUAGGCGUAACAUCAAACCCUAAACUUAUCCCCUGGGCCGUGGCCCAUUGAACUGUUAAACAAAUACCCAAUCAACCCAACCCAUAAUUAUAAACUCGUCCUAUCGGCCAAGUUACAAGAACAGCUCAUCGGUAAAUCGCAUGAACAACUGCCACGUGUAAAAGCAACGUGUACAUAAAUCAGCCACGUUUCUUCUGGAUCCAAAUCAGUACCGAUCCAUCUUCAUCAAUUGAUUUAAUUCCCUUCUCUCAUUCUCUGCAUGUCUCUCUAAAACCAAACUCAGCGCAAAUCGAAACAAGGAAAAAGCUCAUAACUAGAUCGUAAAAUGGCGACAGAUUUGAAACCGAUGUACGCAUACACGGUGGUUUACGUCAAGGAUGUUGCUAAAUCCGUCGAGUUUUACGGUAAGGCGUUCGGUCAGCUUGUUCGCCGUUUGGACGAUUCCCACAGAUGGGGUGAGCUAGAAAGCGGACAGACGACAAUCGCGUUUACGCCGGUGCAUCAACAUGAAACGGAUGAUCUCACCGGAGAGGUUCAGGAACAGAAGUCGAAAACCAGAAGGAAUCAACUUGAGGUUUGCUUUGCUUAUGCAGACGUGGAUGCUGCAUACAAGAGGGCGGUGGAGAAUGGGGCGGAGGCGGUGUGCCUGCCGGAGGAUAAAGAAUGGGGACAGCGGGUCGGGUAUGUUCGUGAUAUCGAUGGUAUUGUGGUGAGGAUGGGAAGCUUUGUGAAGCAGUGUUGAUUGUGGAAUCAUGUGCAUGUAUGUAUGCAUAGACACUGUGUGUGUGACUGUGGUGGUGGGGUAAUGUGUUAAAUAAUAUUAUAGUAUGUUUUGUUUUUUCAUAGAGGUUAUCGUUUCACGAUUUCUUCAUAAAAAUCUAUAUAGGGGCGUUCGAUUGUAUGUAAUUAUAUGAAAUUAAAAGAAUAAGAACAUUAAAGUAAUUAUUAUAAAUUAUAAAUUAUAAAUUUCUAAUAA